CCUGCAUGGAGAAAUCUUGAGAGGAAAAAAGGAGACAUCUACUUGUUCCGACCCAGCCGGUAUUUGGAAUGGAACUUAAUUUGUCCAAGAAUGUAAUCUCUUGCGGCGAUCAAGGUGGGAUGAAUUUGGACCGAACUGCCGAGCCCGUGAGACCACGCGACAUGGCCUCUACAUUUCACUUGCCGAGAACGGGCAGCACGCGGGAAGCGUUAGAGAACUCGAGCUGCGAGUCAUCGGACGCAGAGAUCGCAGAAAAAGAAAGAACCGUGGAGCACCGCAGCGAUGAUGGACAGGCGGACGACCCGAAGAAGAAGAAGACGAGGCGGCAGCGGACGCACUUCACGAGCCAGCAGCUGCAGGAGCUCGAGGCCACCUUCCAGCGGAAUCGCUACCCGGACAUGAGCACGCGGGAGGAGAUCGCAGUGUGGACAAACCUCACGGAGGCACGAGUGCGGGUAUGGUUCAAAAACCGCAGGGCUAAGUGGCGCAAGAGGGAGCGGAAUCAGCAGAUGGACCUGUGUAAGAACAGCUACCUGCCGCAGUUCAGCGGACUCAUGCAGCCCUAUGAAGACAUGUACCCGGCCUACACCUACAACAACUGGACGAACAAAGGCCUUGGUCCAGCGCCACUGUCCACCAAGAACUUCACCUUUUUCAACUCCAUGAGUCCGCUUACCUCCCAGUCUAUGUUCUCCGCCCCAAACUCCAUCUCAUCCAUGAGUAUGGCGUCCAGCAUGGGACACUCAGCUGUGCCAGGCAUGCCCACCGCGGGCCUCAACAAUAUCAGCAACCUUAACGGCAUCGGGAGCUCUUCCAUCAAUUCGGCGAUGACGUCGUCUACCUGUCCCUACGGCCCGCCCGCCUCGCCCUACAGUGUCUACAGGGACACGUGCAACUCCAGUCUGGCCACCCUGAGACUUAAGUCCAAACAGCACCCGACGUUUGGAUAUAGUGGACUGCAAAGUCCCGGGUCUAGCCUCAAUGCGUGUCAGUAUAACAGUUGACAAAUUAAACGCCGUUAAAAAAAUCUCGGAGACCAGCACCUGCUCGAUGGGCGGAAAGACAACUAAACUGGAUUAGUUGCAAACGUUUCUUUUCUUUCAGAUGGAUUAUGCGGGUUGUAUGUGUUUACCAAAUGAACUUGCACAGCAAUUUCAAAAUCCAUAAUUUGGAUUUCAAAGUGAAGACGUGUUACCUUGCAACAUUGUACAUAAUAUACUAAACAAAAGAACUGUUGAACGUUUGCGAUUGCUCAAGUUGAAGAUAAAACAAAAAAAAUCGUAUUUAAAAUCUUUUUGUUGGAAACAAAUGGUCGAACAGGAGAUACUUACCUUUUUCCGGAGUCGACGCGGUGGUAGAAGAAGCCUGUGUAUAUUGCUCUUGUGUUGUCUUGACCUAGAAGAGGUGCAACGGAUUCGGCGUUAAUGGCAGUUGUCCUGUAGGCGAUAUUUUUACCUGCUUGGUCUUCUGGAGUUUUUCGUUGUUGUUGAUGUUGUUGUUCAUGAUGAUAUUGUGCUUGUUGUCUUUGUUGUCGUUGCAGUUGUUUAUUUGCUUCAGUAGAUAAAUUGCAUGCUUAUCUUGAGUGCAAAGUCUUUUGUAAAUUGAUAUUAUAAUAUGUGUAAAACCAGAACCAAGCACGUUCUUUAUACUGUAACUAAAGGUGAUUGAAACAUACUCAAGUGUUUAUGGUAAAAUGUUUGAAUAAAGUACGGCAGAAGGAGUCCAGAUUUAUUUUUCCACGUUUAUGUAUCGUCAAAGUAAUAGUUGCCUUAGACCUACAAUGUUUGUACUCUAUUCAUAGAUCGGGCGUAUUUGAUCUAACUGGGCUUUUAAAAAAAUAAAUGAAAAAUGAAAAGUAGCUUUCUUCUAGACCAUUUGGAUUCUACUUGUAAUGAUCAUUAGAUAUGGAAAUACAUUUCAUGUCAUAUUUCAAUAGUACAUGCUGCAAUUAUCAUGAGAUAUGCGGAGCGUAUUCACUUUUACACACGGAAUCCCUUCACGACAUCGGCCGCGAAAUGAUGCA